CAAUUGUCUUUCCGCAUUCGUCCAGGUGAUCAGCCGGCCGCCCGCUCCGAAAAGGACCCACGGUACUCAAUGCGCGACAGCCAGAUUGGCAACCCCCCUUUUCUUUUCUAGUCAAGCGUCUCUCGCCCCUUAUCGACUGACUUACUGACUGAUGUGCCUGGUCUGCCCAUUGGGUGUAUACGAGUAUAAGAUGGCCGGAUCCGGCUUGGCAGAAGCCUCUGUACCUGCCUGUCCUCUGCCAAUCCGUCUAGAAUCAAGUUGGGUGUAAAUCUUAUAUUCAUUUCCAAACCCCCUCUGAUUUCGCCAUGUUUUCAACCUUGCUGUCCAUCAUAGCUCUCGCGGGUGGCACCUCGGCCUUCCCAGCACAGACGGAUAGGCGAGCUGUCAAUGCCGGCGUUCAGUUUGUGGGCGUGAACAUUGCCGGAUUCGACUUUGGAUGCUCCAUCCAAGGAGCCUGCGAUGUGAGCAAGUCCGUGCCGCCGCUCUCAGGCCUGGGCGGUGCCGAUGGACCCGGGCAAAUGCAGCACUUCUCCAAGGACGAUGGCAUGAACAUCUUCCGCUUGCCCGUGGGCUGGCAGUACCUCGUCAACGGCAAGCUCGGUGGCACGCUAGACUCGGGCGCCAUUGGGCGAUACGACCAGCUGGUGCAGGCCUGUCUUAAGACGGGAGCGUACUGCAUGAUUGACAUUCAUAACUACGCACGCUGGAAUGGGCAGAUCAUCGGCCAGGGCGGCCCCGACAAUAGCCAGUUCACGAACCUGUGGACCCAGCUGGCCACCAAGUACGCGAGCCAGCAGAAGAUCAUCUUCGGCGUCGUCAACGAGCCUCACGACGUUCCGGACAUCAACAAAUGGGCCGACACUGUGCAGGCAGUCGUCACCGCGAUCCGCGGUGUCGCAAAGACGCAGAUGAUUGCGCUCCCCGGGAACGACUGGACUUCGGCAAAGAUGAUGCCGACCAAGUCGGGCCCGGCCCUGCUCAAGGUCACGAACCCCGACGGGACCUUUGACAAUCUCAUCAUCGACGUGCACAAGUACCUGGACUCGGACAACUCGGGCACGCACACGGAAUGCGUGACGGACAACAUCAGCGACACGUUCCAGCCGCUGGCCACGUGGCUCAAGGCCAACAACCGCAAGGCCCUGCUCAGCGAGACGGGCGGCGGGAACACGGACUCGUGCAAGAAGUACAUGUGCCAGCAGCUGGACUUUAUCAACCAAAACUCGGACGUCUUCCUCGGCUACAUCGGCUGGUCUGCCGGGUCUUUCAGCCCUGCAACCUACGAGCUCAGCGAGGUGCCGAGCAAGAACGGCAAUUCGUGGACCGACAGCUCGCUCGUGAAGGCCUGUAUGACGAAGAAGAACUAGUCUGAUUAGCUAGACGCGGCCGGUCCGAACAAACGGGGAAGAGGGUGUCGCC